CAUCAAAGCAUUUCAGCGCACGGUACGCCGAAAACACCGGAGCAUAACCUCUGUCUUGUGUCCAAAAUACAGAGUUUAUCACAAGGGAAUCAUCGGAAAACUGGAAGCUCACUUGGUUAUAUGCAAUGGCUUCCAUAGUCAACACAGUCUACUCAAUAAAACUGUCUUCCGACAAGAAGACAUUCAACCAGCUGAAAAAUCAACGGCUAGCUGCGAAGCCCAGCUCUGUAUAUCUCAACAGGAGGAGCCUGGUGGUGAGAGCUUCUGAAACAGAUACGGACCAAGUUGGAGCUAAGGCACCGGAUAAGGCGGCCGCUGAGAGUGGUUCGAGUAUAAAUCAGAUUCUUGGUAUUAAAGGAGCUAAACAAGAAUCUAAUAAGUGGAAAAUUCGAGUUCAGCUUACAAAGCCCGUUACAUGGCCGCCCCUCGUCUGGGGUGUGGUCUGUGGAGCUGCUGCAUCUGGAAACUUCCAUUGGACAUUUGAAGACGUAGCUAAAUCAAUUGUAUGUAUGCUUAUGUCCGGCCCUUGUUUAACUGGCUACACUCAGACUAUAAAUGAUUGGUACGAUAGAGAGAUCGAUGCCAUUAAUGAACCAUAUCGCCCGAUUCCUUCGGGAGCUAUAUCCGAGCAGGAGGUGCUUACACAAAUAUGGGUGCUGCUUUUGGCAGGCCUUGGCUUGGCCGGUCUACUAGACGUGUGGGCAGGGCAUGAUUUUCCGGUGAUAUUUUACCUUGCCUUGGGUGGAUCUUUAUUGUCCUACAUAUAUUCGGCUCCACCUUUGAAGCUCAAACAAAAUGGAUGGAUUGGAAAUUUCGCCCUUGGAGCAAGUUAUAUAGGUUUGCCUUGGUGGGCUGGUCAAGCAUUGUUUGGAACUCUCACACCUGAUAUCAUUGUUCUAACACUGCUUUACAGUAUGGCUGGUCUGGGAAUAGCAAUUGUAAAUGACUUCAAAAGUAUAGAAGGGGACCGGAAAAUGGGACUACAGUCACUACCUGUGGCUUUUGGGGCUGAGACUGCAAAAUGGAUAUGUGUCGGUGCUAUUGACGUAACUCAGAUAUCUGUGGCUGGCUAUCUUCUAGGAUUAGGUAAACCGUAUUACGCUCUCGCACUGUUAGGAUUAAUCACGCCACAAAUCUUUUUCCAGUUCAAAUACUUCCUCAAAGAUCCCGUCAAAUAUGAUGUCAAAUAUCAGUCAGGCUAGUGCUCAACCAUUUCUGAUACUGGGUCUAUUAGUCACUGCCUUAGCAACUAGCCAUUGAUGGUCAUGUGAAGUCAAAUUUCAGAAAAAAAUCGAGGAGAAAAUCUAUAAGUGUCGAAAACCGGAACUGCCCGUUUUAUCUGCUUGUACGUAACGUAAGAGUAUAGAUUUCGAUGGGAAUUAUUCUUUGCUGAUUGGUGAAUUCUCUUUCUGCAGCAUUAUCACCUUUCAACUAACCUAUGUUGUGGUUUAGGACAUAUUCAUGUCUUUGUAAUGUAACAUGCUGUUUUCAAUUUGUUAGUUGAUAUUUGAUGAAAAACAUAUGAG